GGUCACGUGGCCGGAAGUAGCGUGGGAAGCUGUGAGGUACAAUGCUGUAAGGGGAAGAGUUUUCUGCAGCUGAAAUCAUGGCUACUCCAGGAGCGCUGGCCAAGUUUCGACUGCCCCCCUUACCAACCAUUGGGGAAAUCGUCAAACUUUUUAAUCUACGGGCAGAAAAGCAGCUGUCUCAGAAUUUUCUCCUAGAUCUAAAACUUACAGAUAAAAUUGUGAGACGAGCAGGAAAUUUACAAAAUGCUUACGUGUGUGAGGUUGGCCCUGGCCCAGGGGGGAUCACGAGAUCGAUUCUAAAUGCUGGGGUUGAAGAGCUUCUGGUGGUGGAAAAAGACACCCGGUUUAUCCCUGGGCUUAAGAUGUUAAACGAAGCAUCUGGCGGAAAAGUAAGAACCGUACACGGGGACAUUCUCACGUACAGGAUGGACAGAGCGUUUCCCAAACAUCUAAUAAAAAGCUGGGACGAUGAGCCUCCUAAUGUGCAUAUAAUUGGGAAUCUGCCUUUUAGUGUCUCAACUCCUCUGAUCAUUAAGUGGUUGGAGCAGGUCGCAGACAGGACUGGUCCGUUCACAUAUGGAAGGACACAGAUGACUCUGACGUUCCAGCAGGAAGUUGCGGAGCGCCUGACCGCGAGUACAAAGAAUAAGCAGCGCAGCCGUCUCUCUAUCAUGUCCCAGUACCUCUGCAAUGUAAAGAACUGCUUCACUAUUCCUGGCCGGGCCUUCAUUCCAAAACCCAAGGUUGAUGUCGGAGUUGUGCAUCUCACCCCUUUUGUACAGCCGAAAAUAGAACAGCCAUUCAAGCUGGUUGAAAAAGUCGUUCGAUGCAUCUUCCAGUUCCGGCGAAAAUACUGCCACCAUGGAGUUUCAAUCCUAUUUCCCGAAGAAAUCCGCAUACAACUGACAGAGCAGAUGCUAAGGUUAGCCGACGUGGAUCCGACGCUGCGUCCCAUCGAACUGACCAUGACUCACUUUAAAAAACUCUGCAACGUGUACAGGGAGAUGUGCGACCAGAAUCCCCAUCUGUUUUCUUACAACUACAGAGAGGAGCUGAGAAUGAAAAAGCUGCAGGGCAAAAGCACAGAGGAAGAGGAGGACUUAUUGCAAUAAAUAAAAGGACUAGUUGCUCUUGUAUUUUGCUUCAUACAGGUCAGUUGGAUUUAAAGGUACAGGAUAAGUUCCUUUGUAGGUCGUUAUAUUUUCGGGCAGGGUGAUCGUUACAGGGCUCUCUACUUACACAGGAUUCAGGAUAUGUUAGAAAACAGUUGGCUUGACGCACUGUAUGAGCAUUGAAAAGGCGCAAUACAUGAAUUAAAGGGGAACUCUGGCUUCCAAAGCAAAAUGUGAUAAAGAGACCCACAUAACACAGAAACCCCUAAUAUAUUCAUCACAGUUACCUGUUUCUUCAAAAAGUAUGAAUAAAUGCCACUUUUCUAUGCUGAAAUCCAGCUGUUUAACAGUAUCUGCAUCAUUUGAAAUCCUGGCAGGGAAGGAGGGACUAAAUACUGAUGUAACACACACACACAGCUUACAGAGAGCAUGCAGGAACUACAUAACCCACAAUGCAUUGCACAGUGAUGUUUUUUUCCUUAGUGAAAUCACAUGUGCAGGGAAUUGUGGGGUUUGGAGGAUGCAGGCUGAGGACAGAUGGCUGUUGAUACAAAGUAACAGUAGUCAGCCAGCUCAGCAAAGUAGUCAGACAGAUGAGCAGGAGAGCAGGGGGCUAGGCUUAGGGAACUGUUCCAAACCAUUAAAAAUCAUGAAAAGUC